GACAUCUCGCAAACAGCUCUGACGAUUACUACUCAGCAACGAUUUAUCGACGGCAAAAAGAAGAGCAUUUCUAGGGCUCUUCGCGACCACUCUCGAUUCUCACCGCAUGCGCCUGAUAUCUGUAGCAAGUACCACCACUGACACGGAUUAGCAGCUUCUAGCGCGAAUCCGUCCCGGGCACAGCGGGGAGACUCCAUCAAGCGAAAGAGUUGCGCUAGCAGCACGAUCGAGUUCUGCACGCCGAGAGUGCUUGGUGCGGUCAAGAGCUACUAUGGUCACAUCACGGUCAAGCGCAAAUGCACCGGGGCUUGACUUUGAGCCGAGCCGACCGUUGCAGGACGCCUGGCGCCACACGCCCCGCAGCCAAGGCCACGGCUCUGAUGAGAGUGAGCCCUACGCCAACGCCCACCAGCAGGAGCAGCAGGAGCCCGCCCCCAGCGCCUGCUGCUUCCCCCACAAGUCCUGCAUGCGCUGGUGCUAUGCCAGCUUAUCUGCUGGCUGCAGGAGCGCCCCCUGCCAGCUUUGCCAUGCCUAUGACAACCACUGGCGCCCGCAGAAGCCGCCCGGCCUGCCCAAGGCACCGAAGCUCGUUGCCCCGACCAAGCCCGCCACCGCUGCAAGCUCCAUCUCUACCUCCACCGUCGCCCACAUCUCGACCUCGCCGCGAUGGGGCGAUGAGGAUGAGGACGAGGCUGACGGACUCGACCUGAGCGACCUCUUUGAGCAGACGCCCUGGGUGAAGCAGGGACUGGCGGAGCUGGCCGCGGCCGAGCAGCAGCAGGCGGAAGCCGCGGCGGCCGCGCCCGCGGCAGCGUCAGAGUCUGGCGGCAGCAGCAGCAGCAGCAGUAUUGCCCCUCGCACCAGCAUUAGCAGCAGCGGUGGCGCGAGCAGUAGCUGGGCGGACGAGGUUGAGGCUCAUGAGGAGGCGGAGGAGGAGCUCGACCUUGGGUCGCUCGCCGACUGGAUGAAGGAGGGCCUGGCGGAGCAGGCGGCGGCGGCGGCGGCAGCUGCCAGCGGCACCAGCGGCAACCCCAGCGGCCGCCGCUGGGCGGAUGAAGUUGAGGAGGAGGAGGACGGCGAUUUCGGCGCCUACCUCGCCUCGCUGUCGCCCUGGAUGGCAGAGGAGAUGGCGGCGAUGGCGGAAGCAGAGGCCGAGGGGGAGUGCGUGCUGGCGGCGGCCGAGGAGGAGCAGGAGGAGGCCGUCGUCACUGAGCGGGAGGACGCGCCUGACUCGCCGCUUAGCUCGUGCUGCUGCGCCGUGCCGGACAGCGCCCGCACCAGCCGCACCGCCAGCAGUUGCAGCCUGCUCUCGGUUGCGGCGGCCGCAGGCACCGGUGGAACUGGCCGGUGAAGAUAUUGCGUUUGCUGGCCUCAUUGACGUUGUAACUGUAAUGCACU